AUGGCUUUUGAAAAAGACGAUCAAGAAAAAAACAGCUCCCCGAGCGACGCGACCGCCGACUAUGAGAAGGGCGCCGCAAUUGACCCUGCGGCUCCCCUCUCUGCUGGCGGCGCCGACGACAAUACUCUCGCGAUCCUCGAGCUGGUCAAGGCAAAUGAUGCGCACCAUCCGAUGCACUGGCCGACCUGGCAGCGCUGGGCAAUCAUCAGCGUCUACUGCCUCUUGCAGGUGUUCAUCACUAUAACCAGCACGUCGUACAUUGGGGUCGAGUACCUGAUCCAGGAGAAAUGGGGAGGGAGCACACAAGUCGUAACGCUCGGGCAGAGUUUGUUCAUCGUGGGAACUGCGGUUGGACCAGCCUUUAUGGGCCCUCUUUCGGACAUUGGUGGGCGCAAAUGGGUUUAUGUGGCUAGUAUAACCUGUUACGCAAUCCUGAACUUCGGCACGGCCUAUGCACGGAACCUCCCCAUGCUCAUUAUCUUCAUGUUCCUGGCCGGCACGGCUGGAUCAACGGGUCUUUCCAAUGUCGCUGGAACAAUCGCUGAUCUCUUUGGUGAUGUUGAUGGCGCGGGACAAGCAAUGGCACUCUUCGUCGUCAGUGCCAACGUUGGCCCGAGUCUUGGCUCUCCUGUCGGAGGAUGGAUCGCUGACAAUCCCCACUUGGGCCUGAAAUGGAUCUUCCUCAUCAACGUGAUCAUCGGGUUUGGUUUUGCAGUUAUCAUGUGCUUCAUCCCUGAGACCUUGCCACGAUUGGUCAUUGCCAAGGCAGUUUCUAAGCAAGAGAGCGUCGCUGCCGAAGAGGCUGUGAUCUUGAAGAGCAAGGUCAAUGUGUGGAAGGAGUUGAGAUUCGUCUCUACAAUGACCUUCCGAAUCAUGUUAACUGAGCCAGUCGUUCUGUUCUUGGGACUUUUCAAUGGCCUGGCCUACGGCUUGAUUUUCCUUUACCUCGACGGCGUCUACGACGUCUUCGUUCUCAACAACGGCCUCACGACUAUCUCAGCCGAUCUUACCUACCUCAAUUUCGCUGUUGGUGUCGUGGUCAUGUUCGCAUUUGUCCCGGUACAAACCUGGUUCUACACCCGUGACCACAAGAAGCAUGGCCACAACCGUCCUGAGGCUCGGUUCAUCGUAUCUCUGGUCACCGUCUGGCUCUUCCCUGCCUCUCUCCUCUGGUUCGGGUUUACUAGCAAUGGUAAGACUUCUUACUGGUCUCCUGUCGUUGCUGGUGCGGUCCUCGGUUUCGCGGACCCGUUGCUCUGGCUUAGCAUGUUGAACUACAUCACUGAUUCCUACCCCAACGUCGCCGCCUCGGCCAUCGCCGCCUUCCUCAUCCCCUCCUUCAUCAUCGCCGCCGCACUCGCCCACCUCGGGAUCCUGAUGUUCGAGAACAUGUCCACGACCUGGGCCAUGGCCACCAUCGGCUUCAUCUCCUUCGGCAUCUGCGCCCUGAUCUACUUCAUCUAUUUCUUCGGAGCCAAGAUCCGCGCGCGUAGCUCCCUCGCUCGUACUUUCUAA